AAAAAAUCAAAACAAACAUUUUUUCACAAAUUUUGGCAGCGCCCAAGAUUUUAAUUAUAUUUUAUGUCAGUUUUUAAAUUAAGAUUUUAAAAAAUGUUGCCUGGUGUAGGCUUAUUUGGCACCGGCCAAAUAAUGAACGUCCUUGUUCCGCUCCUACGCGAGAAAGGUUUCGAAAUUAAAGCAAUAUGGGGUCGUACUCUGAAAGAAGCUCAGGAAAUGGCACAAUCUCAAAAAAUUACAUUUUACACGAAUAAAAUUGACGAUGUACUACUACACAAGGAUGUUGGUCUUGUAUUCAUAGCGUGUCAACCAUUUUUACACGCUGAAAUCUCAGUGAAGGCAUUAGGUAUUGGUAAGCACGUAGUGUGUGAUAAACCGAUGGGCCUGCACCAAAUAGACGCCAUGAAGAUGGUACGCGCUUCACAGUAUUAUCCUACACUCAUAUCCUUGGUAAGCUACUCGCUACGAUUUUUGCCAGCCUUCACGCAUAUGAAAAGAUAUUUGGACGAAGAAAUCAUUGGGCCAAUAGAGUUAGUUGAUGUGCGUGUGCAAAUCGGUAAAUUAUUUCCAGAAAAAUUCGACUGGAUGUGUGACGGGUUCAUGGGCGGUGGUGUACUUAAUCUGGUUGGGAGCCAUAUUAUUGAUUUAGUGCACUACUUGCUGCGUUUACAAGCUGUGCGUGUUCAUGGCAUCGUCCGUUCAUACACCCUCAUCACGCCAAAUAUAAAUGGAAUACGUCACAUAUCUGCUCCAGACUAUUGCAAUUUUCAAAUGGAAUUGCCCAACGGCAUAUUAGUCACGGUAUCAAUAUUUACUCACACAGUCCCUGCGAAAGGAUUUACGCAGGAAGUCAUCAUAUGUGGUAGUGAGGGUCAUUUGGCUGUUCGAGGCGGUGACUUAUUUUUAUUCAAAACAAAAAGUGGACUACCGCCACAACUGAAAGAAGAAGCACUUUACGUUGAUGUGCAAGAUUUACAUAUAUCCACAUCAGAGUCAUUGUUGCCACGCCCCUAUAUCAAGGGUUAUUGUAAAAUGAUUGGAGCAUUGAAAGAAGCUUUUGGCGCCGAGGAAGCAUCUUGGGUUAAGGAACCUGUGUUAGCUGCCGCAACAUUUGAGGAUGGCUUAUAUGUACAAGCUGUACUCGAGGCAAUACACAAUUCAAGUAACCUAAGGUCUUGGCAGCGCGUCAAAAUUAAAAGUGACACCCCUUCAAAUCAUGAUCAAAUAAUGAGAUUCGCGCGCAUGUCCACGAUGUGAACGUGACUUGCGUCGCAUAUUAACAUUGUUAAUAAAUUUAAAUUUAUUAAUUUAAACAAACUUUGUAAAUUAUAAAAAGCAAUUAUUAAUUUUGGUUUGUAUUAUUGAAAUACAAAAUUACAUUGCAAUAAAUCCGCAUAUACAAAAUCUCUG